CAAAAAUCAGCGUUGUCUUGAUGAAUUGAUACCCCUUUAGCGACCAAAAAAAAGUAAUGAGUUAAUCAACUGAUAAACUUCUUCAUCUACUCUCUUUUGAUACUUGAAUCGGAUUUACAGAGGCAACGAACCUUGCUAUCGAUUUGUACUACCAGACUCAAACCACCGGGCAACACCCGCAUUUCGACUGAUCAAGAUGGCGGAACCACCUGCAAAGCGUGCUCGGCGAGUUGACAGCUCAACCAUGUGGGACAUGGAUGAAAGGAAGACCCGGUCGCCUGAGCCAAGCUCGGAGUUUGAUAAAAGUCCCAGGCGUGACCCGUAUUCUAAAGACGAUAGACGACGUGGCGGCCCGCGCGAUGACCGACGAUUUCGCUCUCGCUCAAGGGAUCGCAGAGACCGACGGCGAGAAAGGAGCAGAUCUAGAGAUCGCGACAGGAGAGACAGAGAUAGGGACGGACGGGGACCAAGAGACCGAGAAAGGAGCGCCAGCCGCGAAAGAUACUACGAUAGACGAGGGAAAGGCGAUAGAUUCCGUGACCGCUCUCGCUCGCCCGUCCGCAAUGGUACCCGGGAUAGAUCUAGGACACCACCUCGAGGCCCUAGACCGGACCGCAGAAACGAUCGCAGGGAUAUUCGGUCUCAGGCAAACGGAGCGUCAGACAUACAGAGAUCAAAUCGGGCCAGAGAUGAGAUGGAUUUGGACGCAGAUGAUACAGUUGACGACGAUGAUAUCGAAGAGCAGAUGCGCAGAAGCAUGGGCUUUGCACGCUUCCGGAGCACGAAAAAUACCAAGGUACCUGGUAACGACAUAUAUGGCGUGCGCAAGGAGAAGAAGACAGAAUACAGACAGUACAUGAACCGCUUAGGAGGAUUCAAUCGGCCGCUCAGUCCUUGAUAACAUCACACAUGAGAAAUUCUGUCUCGCAUUAUCUAAUUCCCUAUACCUCUCCUUCUCUUUUCCUAUCCCAUUUCUCUUGUGUCGGACUUAAUUGAUCCUUAUUUAUUUGUGGCAAUUACAUGCAUUCUCGGAGCAGGGUUUAUUGUUUGUUUGCUUCUCUUUGCGUCUGUAUUUUUUCUGAUGGCGAUUGUACAGUCUUACUAGAAUGAUCAUUCAGGUAUCAAAUGAGAUCAGAAAAUGAAAAGGUCGGCAAAGAUACCUAGAGCUACAUCGUAUUGAUAGAUCAAAGCAAUGGCUGCUGAAGUUAUCAGUUGGUUAAUAAUAUUGAGCGGCUAGGCACAUGACUG